AUGGCGUGGAGGAAACAAGAUCUCAGGAACCUCUUAUGGCUGCUGGUGCUGCUAGUGCGAAUCGGCUUUCAGAAAGCAGGAGCUGCUGUCUCCACCACAGCUGUGGAAACAUCUAGCAGUGAGAGCCAGGCCACAUCUGUUCCUACCACGACAGCUUCUCCCACUUCCACUCCACCACAACCUUCAGCUACUCAGGCAAAAAGUACAGGCCUCUCUACCAAGUCGGAAAACUCCAGCCCAGCUCUGGGAACAACCACAGAAGUCACUUGGAGCACAGCUGGCACAUCCUCUACUGCUCUGCUAAGUAGCACUCCGCCAGAGACCUUAACCACUCCAACCACCAUCCUCAGGGAAACGUCCACCUCUGCUACUGGGGCAACGUCUCUUCCUGCAGCCACCUCAGCUGUGACUCUCAGCACUACUCUGGAGACGGCUUCUUCCUCACCUGGGACAACAGCUGCACCAACCACCGCUCUAUCAACUGCCUCCACAGCUACAAUCUCAAGCACCUCACCCACCGAGACAGGAGCUGCUGUCUCCACCACAGCUGUGGAAACAUCUAGCAGUGAGAGCCAGGCCACAUCUGUUCCUACCACGACAGCUUCUCCCACUUCCACUCCACCACAACCUUCAGCUACUCAGGCAAAAAGUACAGGCCUCUCUACCAAGUCGGAAAACUCCAGCCCAGCUCUGGGAACAACCACAGAAGUCACUUGGAGCACAGCUGGCACAUCCUCUACUGCUCUGCUAAGUAGCACUCCGCCAGAGACCUUAACCACUCCAACCACCAUCCUCAGGGAAACGUCCACCUCUGCUACUGGGGCAACGUCUCUUCCUGCAGCCACCUCAGCUGUGACUCUCAGCACUACUCUGGAGACGGCUUCUUCCUCACCUGGGACAACAGCUGCACCAACCACCGCUCUAUCAACUGCCUCCACAGCUACAAUCUCAAGCACCUCACCCACCGAGACAGGAGCUGCUGUCUCCACCACAGCUGUGGAAACAUCUAGCAGUGAGAGCCAGGCCACAUCUGUUCCUACCACGACAGCUUCUCCCACUUCCACUCCACCACAACCUUCAGCUACUCAGGCAAAAAGUACAGGCCUCUCUACCAAGUCGGAAAACUCCAGCCCAGCUCUGGGAACAACCACAGAAGUCACUUGGAGCACAGCUGGCACAUCCUCUACUGCUCUGCUAAGUAGCACUCCGCCAGAGACCUUAACCACUCCAACCACCAUCCUCAGGGAAACGUCCACCUCUGCUACUGGGGCAACGUCUCUUCCUGCAGCCACCUCAGCUGUGACUCUCAGCACUACUCUGGAGACGGCUUCUUCCUCACCUGGGACAACAGCUGCACCAACCACCGCUCUAUCAACUGCCUCCACAGCUACAAUCUCAAGCACCUCACCCACCGAGACAGGAGCUGCUGUCUCCACCACAGCUGUGGAAACAUCUAGCAGUGAGAGCCAGGCCACAUCUGUUCCUACCACGACAGCUUCUCCCACUUCCACUCCACCACAACCUUCAGCUACUCAGGCAAAAAGUACAGGCCUCUCUACCAAGUCCGAAAACUCCAGCCCAGCUCUGGGAACAACCACAGAAGUCACUUGGAGCACAGCUGGCACAUCCUCUACUGCUCUGCUAAGUAGCACUCCGCCAGAGACCUUAACCACUCCAACCACCAUCCUCAGGGAAACGUCCACCUCUGCUACUGGGGCAACGUCUCUUCCUGCAGCCACCUCAGCUGUGACUCUCAGCACUACUCUGGAGACGGCUUCUUCCUCACCUGGGACAACAGCUGCACCAACCACCGCUCUAUCAACUGCCUCCACAGCUACAAUCUCAAGCACCUCACCCACCGAGACAGGAGCUGCUGUCUCCACCACAGCUGUGGAAACAUCUAGCAGUGAGAGCCAGGCCACAUCUGUUCCUACCACGACAGCUUCUCCCACUUCCACUCCACCACAACCUUCAGCUACUCAGGCAAAAAGUACAGGCCUCUCUACCAAGUCGGAAAACUCCAGCCCAGCUCUGGGAACAACCACAGAAGUCACUUGGAGCACAGCUGGCACAUCCUCUACUGCUCUGCUAAGUAGCACUCCGCCAGAGACCUUAACCACUCCAACCACCAUCCUCAGGGAAACGUCCACCUCUGCUACUGGGGCAACGUCUCUUCCUGCAGCCACCUCAGCUGUGACUCUCAGCACUACUCUGGAGACGGCUUCUUCCUCACCUGGGACAACAGCUGCACCAACCACCGCUCUAUCAACUGCCUCCACAGCUACAAUCUCAAGCACCUCACCCACCGAGACAGGAGCUGCUGUCUCCACCACAGCUGUGGAAACAUCUAGCAGUGAGAGCCAGGCCACAUCUGUUCCUACCACGACAGCUUCUCCCACUUCCACUCCACCACAACCUUCAGCUACUCAGGCAAAAAAAGUGGCUGCAGGAGCCCCAGGGCCUCAGCUUGCAGUGACAGGGCACAGAAGAGGGGCGCUCAGGCACGGGUUUGUGUUUUCCAGGCCAGUGGGGCGAGGGGACAACACAGGCGUGGACGCCGUCUGCACCUACACAAAGGAGCCCUCCGCGCCAGGCUUGGACAGGGUGGGCCUUUACCACGAAGUGAGCAACAAGACCGGAGGCAUCUCGCGCCUGGGCCCCUACAACCUGGACAGAGACAGCCUCUACGUCAACGGUUACAACGAACCACCAGUCACACCCACUCCCACUCAUCCACCAACGACCACUGCAGGCCCCGAGCGUUUCACCAUCAACUUCACCAUCACCAAUCUCCCCUACGAUUCCAACCUGGCCACUCCAAACUCGGCAAGGCUCAACACUACCCGGAGAGUCAUGACCACCUUGCUCAACCGCCUUCUGAAGGAUAGCAGCAUUGGCCCCGCUUUUCUUGCUUGUGGAACGACGGCCUUCAGGCCAGUGGGGCGAGGGGACAACACAGGCGUGGACGCCGUCUGCACCUACACAAAGGAGCCCUCCGCGCCAGGCUUGGACAGGGUGGGCCUUUACCACGAAGUGAGCAACAAGACCGGAGGCAUCUCGCGCCUGGGCCCCUACAACCUGGACAGAGACAGCCUCUACGUCAACGGUUACAACGAACCACCAGUCACACCCACUCCCACUCAUCCACCAACGACCACUGCAGGCCCCGAGCGUUUCACCAUCAACUUCACCAUCACCAAUCUCCCCUACGAUUCCAACCUGGCCACUCCAAACUCGGCAAGGCUCAACACUACCCGGAGAGUCAUGACCACCUUGCUCAACCGCCUUCUGAAGGAUAGCAGCAUUGGCCCCGCUUUUCUUGCUUGUGGAACGACGGCCUUCAGGCCAGUGGGGCGAGGGGACAACACAGGCGUGGACGCCGUCUGCACCUACACAAAGGAGCCCUCCGCGCCAGGCUUGGACAGGGUGGGCCUUUACCACGAAGUGAGCAACAAGACCGGAGGCAUCUCGCGCCUGGGCCCCUACAACCUGGACAGAGACAGCCUCUACGUCAACGGUUACAACGAACCACCAGUCACACCCACUCCCACUCAUCCACCAACGACCACUGCAGGCCCCGAGCGUUUCACCAUCAACUUCACCAUCACCAAUCUCCCCUACGAUUCCAACCUGGCCACUCCAAACUCGGCAAGGCUCAACACUACCCGGAGAGUCAUGACCACCUUGCUCAACCGCCUUCUGAAGGAUAGCAGCAUUGGCCCCGCUUUUCUUGCUUGUGGAACGACGGCCUUCAGGCCAGUGGGGCGAGGGGACAACACAGGCGUGGACGCCGUCUGCACCUACACAAAGGAGCCCUCCGCGCCAGGCUUGGACAGGGUGGGCCUUUACCACGAAGUGAGCAACAAGACCGGAGGCAUCUCGCGCCUGGGCCCCUACAACCUGGACAGAGACAGCCUCUACGUCAACGGUUACAACGAACCACCAGUCACACCCACUCCCACUCAUCCACCAACGACCACUGCAGGCCCCGAGCGUUUCACCAUCAACUUCACCAUCACCAAUCUCCCCUACGAUUCCAACCUGGCCACUCCAAACUCGGCAAGGCUCAACACUACCCGGAGAGUCAUGACCACCUUGCUCAACCGCCUUCUGAAGGAUAGCAGCAUUGGCCCCGCUUUUCUUGCUUGUGGAACGACGGCCUUCAGGCCAGUGGGGCGAGGGGACAACACAGGCGUGGACGCCGUCUGCACCUACACAAAGGAGCCCUCCGCGCCAGGCUUGGACAGGGUGGGCCUUUACCACGAAGUGAGCAACAAGACCGGAGGCAUCUCGCGCCUGGGCCCCUACAACCUGGACAGAGACAGCCUCUACGUCAACGGUUACAACGAACCACCAGUCACACCCACUCCCACUCAUCCACCAACGACCACUGCAGGCCCCGAGCGUUUCACCAUCAACUUCACCAUCACCAAUCUCCCCUACGAUUCCAACCUGGCCACUCCAAACUCGGCAAGGCUCAACACUACCCGGAGAGUCAUGACCACCUUGCUCAACCGCCUUCUGAAGGAUAGCAGCAUUGGCCCCGCUUUUCUUGCUUGUGGAACGACGGCCUUCAGGCCAGUGGGGCGAGGGGACAACACAGGCGUGGACGCCGUCUGCACCUACACAAAGGAGCCCUCCGCGCCAGGCUUGGACAGGGUGGGCCUUUACCACGAAGUGAGCAACAAGACCGGAGGCAUCUCGCGCCUGGGCCCCUACAACCUGGACAGAGACAGCCUCUACGUCAACGGUUACAACGAACCACCAGUCACACCCACUCCCACUCAUCCACCAACGACCACUGCAGGCCCCGAGCGUUUCACCAUCAACUUCACCAUCACCAAUCUCCCCUACGAUUCCAACCUGGCCACUCCAAACUCGGCAAGGCUCAACACUACCCGGAGAGUCAUGACCACCUUGCUCAACCGCCUUCUGAAGGAUAGCAGCAUUGGCCCCGCUUUUCUUGCUUGUGGAACGACGGCCUUCAGGCCAGUGGGGCGAGGGGACAACACAGGCGUGGACGCCGUCUGCACCUACACAAAGGAGCCCUCCGCGCCAGGCUUGGACAGGGUGGGCCUUUACCACGAAGUGAGCAACAAGACCGGAGGCAUCUCGCGCCUGGGCCCCUACAACCUGGACAGAGACAGCCUCUACGUCAACGGUUACAACGAACCACCAGUCACACCCACUCCCACUCAUCCACCAACGACCACUGCAGGCCCCGAGCGUUUCACCAUCAACUUCACCAUCACCAAUCUCCCCUACGAUUCCAACCUGGCCACUCCAAACUCGGCAAGGCUCAACACUACCCGGAGAGUCAUGACCACCUUGCUCAACCGCCUUCUGAAGGAUAGCAGCAUUGGCCCCGCUUUUCUUGCUUGUGGAACGACGGCCUUCAGGCCAGUGGGGCGAGGGGACAACACAGGCGUGGACGCCGUCUGCACCUACACAAAGGAGCCCUCCGCGCCAGGCUUGGACAGGGUGGGCCUUUACCACGAAGUGAGCAACAAGACCGGAGGCAUCUCGCGCCUGGGCCCCUACAACCUGGACAGAGACAGCCUCUACGUCAACGGUUACAACGAACCACCAGUCACACCCACUCCCACUCAUCCACCAACGACCACUGCAGGCCCCGAGCGUUUCACCAUCAACUUCACCAUCACCAAUCUCCCCUACGAUUCCAACCUGGCCACUCCAAACUCGGCAAGGCUCAACACUACCCGGAGAGUCAUGACCACCUUGCUCAACCGCCUUCUGAAGGAUAGCAGCAUUGGCCCCGCUUUUCUUGCUUGUGGAACGACGGCCUUCAGGCCAGUGGGGCGAGGGGACAACACAGGCGUGGACGCCGUCUGCACCUACACAAAGGAGCCCUCCGCGCCAGGCUUGGACAGGGUGGGCCUUUACCACGAAGUGAGCAACAAGACCGGAGGCAUCUCGCGCCUGGGCCCCUACAACCUGGACAGAGACAGCCUCUACGUCAACGGUUACAACGAACCACCAGUCACACCCACUCCCACUCAUCCACCAACGACCACUGCAGGCCCCGAGCGUUUCACCAUCAACUUCACCAUCACCAAUCUCCCCUACGAUUCCAACCUGGCCACUCCAAACUCGGCAAGGCUCAACACUACCCGGAGAGUCAUGACCACCUUGCUCAACCGCCUUCUGAAGGAUAGCAGCAUUGGCCCCGCUUUUCUUGCUUGUGGAACGACGGCCUUCAGGCCAGUGGGGCGAGGGGACAACACAGGCGUGGACGCCGUCUGCACCUACACAAAGGAGCCCUCCGCGCCAGGCUUGGACAGGGUGGGCCUUUACCACGAAGUGAGCAACAAGACCGGAGGCAUCUCGCGCCUGGGCCCCUACAACCUGGACAGAGACAGCCUCUACGUCAACGGUUACAACGAACCACCAGUCACACCCACUUCCUCUUUUCUAAUAGAGAGAAAUUUCACAGUCAACUUCACUAUUACCAAUCUUCUCUACUCAUCAUUGGGAGAUAUGAAUUCUGAAAUAUUCAGUGCUGCAAAUCAAAAUCUUACAUACCUGCUUGACCGUAUGCUCAAGAACAGCAGCAUUAAGGCUGUUUUCAGAGGAUGUACAGUGAUGGUACUAAGGUCUGUGAAGAAUAGAGAGGUCAGUGCUAUGGAUGCAGUCUGCACAUACAAAGCCAAUGCUACUCCUACAGAAUUUGACCAAAUCAAGGUUUACCAUGAGUUGAGCAAGAUGACAGCCAACUGCACUGAACUAGGACCCUACAGGCUGGAUGCAGCCAGCUUUUAUGUUAAUGGUUAUAAUGAACUGCAGCCUGGACUAUACCUGGGGAUGCCAAAUUCUAAAAAAUUCAAAUCAACUGAGAAAGUCAUGUACAAUUAUGUUGACCAUCUACUCCAAAAAAGCAGUAUUGGCUCUAUUUAUAUUGGCUGCAGAAUAAUGGCAUUCAGGUCAAAGGAAGACAGGGAUGACACAGAAGUAGAUGCCAUCUGCAGCUAUAGAGAUGAACCUUCAGAUUUCACGUUCAACAGAGUGACAGUUUACAAUGAGCUGAGGAACAUGACAAAUGGCAUCACUAAGUUGGGACACUACAGCCUUAACAGCCAGAGCCUCUACAUUAACGGUAACAGGACCACCUCAAGGCAUUAUUCCUGGUGA